CCGCCCCCUCCAAUGCUGAGCUCAGUCUGUGUCUCCUCCUUCCGCGGGCGCACGGCGGCCAAACAGCCGCAGCAGCCGCCGGCGCAGCCUCCUCCCGCUCCUCCUCCUCCUCCGCCUCCGCCUCCCGGCCCCUGUCCCUGUCCCGGUCCCGGCCCCUGUUCCUGUCCCUGUCCGGGUCCCUGCCCCGGGCCCGUUCCCUCUUCCCCCGACGCCAGCCCCGGGCCCGGGUCCGCCUCGGCCCCGGGCCCCGGCCCGGCUCCUCCUGGGUCGCCCGCGGGGGGCGCGCCAUGCCCCGGGGGCCCGGCCAUGGGGCGACACGGCGGCGGCGACAGCGACAAGAUCGUGAUCAACGUGGGCGGCGUGCGCCAUGAGACGUACCGCUCGACGCUGCGCACCCUGCCCGGGACGCGGCUGGCCGGCCUCACAGAGCCGGGGGCGGCAGCCAACUUCGACUACGACCCGCGCAGUGACGAGUUCUUCUUCGACCGGCACCCGGGCGUCUUCGCCUACGUGCUCAACUACUACCGGACCGGCAAGCUGCACUGCCCGGCCGACGUGUGCGGACCCCUGUUCGAGGAGGAGUUGGCCUUCUGGGGCAUCGACGAGACCGACGUGGAGGCUUGCUGCUGGAUGACAUAUCGGCAGCAUCGCGACGCGGAGGAGGCGCUCGAUUCCUUCGAGACCCCCGAGCCGGCCGCCGCCGCUGGAGGACCAGGGGGCCCUGGGGCCGGACCGGGAGGGCUGGAUGAUGAGGCGGGCGGCCUCGACGCUGCCGGGGCCGGAGGAGAGCUCAAGAGACUCUGCUUCCAGGAUGCAGCCGGCGGGGCUGCCGCCGGGCCCGGAGGGGCCGCAGGGGCGACGUGGUGGCGCCGCUGGCAGCCCAAGGUUUGGGCACUCUUCGAAGACCCCUACUCGUCCCGGGCGGCCAGGUAUGUGGCCUUUGCCUCGCUCUUCUUCAUUCUCAUCUCCAUCACUACCUUCUGCUUGGAGACCCACGAGGGCUUCAUUCACAUCCACAACAAGACGGUGACCCAGGCGUCCUCGGUGCCGGGGGAGCCACCAGAGAACGUGACCAACGUGGAAGUGGAGACGGAGCCCUUCCUGACCUACGUGGAGGGCGUCUGCGUGGUGUGGUUCACCUUUGAGUUCCUUAUGCGAGUCACCUUCUGCCCAGACAAGGUGGAGUUUCUUAAGAGUAGCCUGAACAUCAUCGACUGUGUGGCCAUCCUGCCCUUCUACCUGGAGGUGGGCCUGUCGGGGCUGAGCUCCAAGGCAGCCAAGGACGUGCUGGGCUUCCUGCGGGUGGUCCGCUUCGUGAGGAUCCUCCGAAUUUUCAAGCUGACGCGCCACUUUGUGGGGCUGCGGGUGUUGGGACACACGCUUCGGGCCAGCACCAAUGAGUUCCUCCUGCUCAUCAUCUUCCUGGCUCUGGGCGUACUCAUCUUUGCCACCAUGAUCUACUACGCGGAGCGAAUCGGGGCUGACCCCGACGACAUCCUGGGCUCCAACCACACCUACUUCAAGAACAUCCCCAUCGGCUUCUGGUGGGCCGUAGUUACCAUGACAACCCUGGGUUACGGAGACAUGUACCCCAAGACUUGGUCAGGGAUGCUGGUGGGGGCGCUGUGCGCCCUAGCGGGUGUCCUUACCAUUGCCAUGCCUGUCCCCGUCAUUGUCAACAACUUCGGCAUGUACUACUCCCUGGCUAUGGCCAAACAGAAGCUGCCUAAGAAAAAAAAUAAGCAUAUUCCCCGCCCACCCCAGCCGGGCUCACCCAAUUACUGCAAGCCUGAGCCACCUCCCCCUCCGCCCCCAGCACCUGGGCUUCCCCACCAUCACAGUGGCCUCAGCCCUCCCCCACCUGGGUCCUAUCCAACGGGGCUGCCUGGGCCCCAUGGCCACGUGCACCCAGGGCUCUUGAGGGGCGGGGCGGGGGGGCUCGCGGGAAUGGGCCUGCCCCCUCUGCCUGCCCCUGGAGAGCCUUGUCCACUGGCUCAGGAGGAGGUGAUCGACAUCAACCGGGCAGACCCUCGCCCCAAUGGGGACCCGGCAGCUGCUGCCCUAGCUCAUGAAGACUGCCCUGCAAUUGACCAGGCAGCCCUGUCCCCAGAAGACAAGAGUCCCAUCACCCCCGGAAGCCGAGGCCGUUACGGACGAGACCGGGCAUGCUUCUUGCUAGCUGAUUACACAGCUUCCCCAGAUGGCUCCAUCCGAAAAGGUUAUGAGAAGUCCCGCAGCCUGAGCAGCAUCGCGGGGCUCAGUGGGGUGUCCCUGCGUCUUGCCCCCCUUGCAACUCCUCCUGGCUCCCCAAGGGCUGCCCGCCGUGCCCCCCCUGCCCUGCCCUCCAUUCUCUAGCCCCCCUUCCCCCCUCUUUGGGGGGACUCAGGGGUGGUGGGGGAUGGUUUCAGGUGUAGGUGUGGGGUGGUAUUUUUUAAAGGGUCACAAACAAUAUGCAAUUGAUAUGACCGCCAGCAAACCCCCAGACCCCCUCCCCACUUCCUCUAGGCCCCCAAGAAGGAGGGGGCAGAGCCUCAGUACCCCCCCAAAAGCCUUCUCAGGUCUCCAUGAGCCAUAUCGCCCCCUCCCAAAUCCACACGCUCAUUGAAAUGUGUAAAUAAGUGAGAAUUGCGCUGGUUAACUUGGGGUCACCCUUUUGGCUGUCCCAUGUUUUCUGAGACAGCCUCUGUCCUCUUCCAUCUUUGUGCAUGUUCCCCUAGAACCCCGAAUCUCUGCAAGAGCAAUAAGCUGCCUCUGGCCGCAUGCUAUGUCCCACCCUAGACCACCUGGGCAAUAGGGAGUUGCGGGGGGUCCAUCCAGCCCCUGGGCCUUCCUUGGUCACCUUAUCCGCAGCCUGGGGUAGAAGGAGCUAUGGAUUUUAUUACAAAUCAAAGACAAAAAGAAACAAGGUAGGGUGGGGGUGCCAAGGCCCUGAGAGGGACUGGAAGUGGACCUGGGGAAAUAUGAGAUUUUUCCCUUGUAGAGGUAGUGGUAGUGGGUGUUGGGGUGAAAUGCAGCGUGUGUCCAUGCUGCUAGCCCUUGAAGCCAUGCACGGAGAUGUGGUGGGGUAGCCCUGUAUAGAUAGAUGUGUUUGUGUGUGUGCACGUAUGGAUGUGUGUGAGUGAAUGCAUGGGUACAUGGAUCGUGAUAGUGGGCAUGAGACUUUCCAGUAUUGGAUCAUUCCAUCUUCCUGAAUCACCUCCCUCCAGAAGGGACCGGCUGCCCCUCCCCUCCCCACCAGCGUCUUGCUGUUCUUGAUCGAUGCUCCCCUCCCACAUUCUAACUGGAGUUGCUGGACUGGAUUCAUGGACUGGGGAGACUCCCCCCCACCAUAUGUACUCCCAUGCCUGAGCUUGGGGAAUAUCCUCCCUGAGGCCCCCAGUCUUUCUCAUCUCUUCCCCUCACCUGGAGCAGAUCGUGGGGACGGGGUCUGCAUGUGCAUGAGCUCCCAAGAGAUCCUCCUCUGUUCCGUGUCUUCCCCACCCCUUGAAAGCCCACAUCCCGGCGGAAGCGGGGGCAUGGGACUUGUGGGACACAAGGGAAGUCACUGGGGUGUCCCCUGAAGCCCUGCCUGAGGCCAGGCUCCUAGAGCGGCUUCAUCAGGGACCCCGGAUACUCCAGGACAUCAUCAUCACCUUCCAUGCUCACAACCAGAUGGCACAGUGGGUGGUACAGUCUCCUUCUGGCCUGUGGUCUGUCUCACUCAUCCACACAUACACGUUGGGUGCCUGGUGGUCUCCUAGAGCCCUCCCUCCAUCCUUCAGGAGUUUGGGCUGUUGCUGGUGGCUAGAUUCUGGGGCAGCGUUUGUCUUUCCCUCAUCUUGUGACCACCUCUCCCCCAUGCACUCGUCCCCCACCCCAACCAGCCUGGCCACAGGGGCAGAGUUUCUCCCUCUCUCAUGUCGUGACCCCUGCCAGCCUGGCCACAACAUCUCAGAGGUAGCUGCGCUCAAACACUAUAUUGCACACUGGGGCUUUCAGGUCUUGCCAGAAGCCUUCUUCUGGGCUCUCUGAUCUACUCUUUGACAAUUUAUCUCCUCCAAGUUCUCCAAGAGCACCCCCACCCCCAGCCCAGCAUCGCAUUGUCUGGCCAUGGGCUUAUGAAUAGUCCCAGACCUCCCCUCACUAGGCUCCCAAUUCAUCUCCACCACCCCCAAAACGCAGUCAUCAUAUACCACCCCCACCCUCAAAGGAUAUGGAAUGUAUAGUAUCACUUCCCUAGAUGCCUGGGAGAAAGUGCAAUUCCCCCCUCAGCUGGGGGUUAACUAAGUUGGUAAGCCAGUUGCCCUCCCUGCCCCCCAUGCCCUGCAUGGACCUAAGCACCUUCCCAGGACUGGCCUGUACCCCUCUUCCAUAGCUCCUAGACCCGCAGAAUUUGCCCCAAAUCCCUCUCUCCUCUGGGAGGGGGCAGGGAGUUUCUCCUUAUGCAAUGUUUCCUAUGCAAGGGGCUCCUUGGAUACCCCCACCCUCCUCGGCUCUUCUCUCCUUUUCCCUUGCUACCGAGCCUGGUAGAUCAGGGUUGGGGGCAAGAAGCCAGGGUUCUCUGAUGAUUAAUGUUACCAUGGAUGCCAAAUACCUGGCUGGGAACCUAGAUGGGGCUGGAAGGAGGGGAUGCCUGGGUCCCAGGCGAGGAAAGAAGAGAAGUAGGGACAAUAGUGCCAAAGGGUUAAAAAUUCUCACACCGUCCCCGCCCCUCCCCCCAUACACACAUACAUGCACAUACACCCCCCCCUCUCCUAGGUUUUGAGGCUUGGAGAGUUCGGAGGUUUCCCCCAAGGAUCCUCCCCAUUCCCACCCCCAACAAAGCUUUCAGUUAGCUUUUUACAAAAAUAAACUUCAAGAAAACUUUAUUUGGGGAGUGUGGGAUUUGGGGAGGGAGGACUUCCCCUCCCCCCAAAUGCCCCCUGGUCUCCCUCUGGCCGCCACGCACACGCAACUACACGCAUGAUCUGCAUGUCUGCGGAUGCCUCCCCCUCCCCACGCAUGACAAGGGGCAGGGGGUACGGUUCGGAGGGAAUCUCUUUCGUGCCCCCCUUUUUUGCUAGGGGAGGGAAGAGUAGGGGUGGGUCCUUGUACCACUGGCCCCCAUCUGAGAGCACCUGGGAAUUGGGGGGUGGGAGCAAGUCAAGGGGAGGGGGCCUGUGCCCCCACUCCACCCCACACAUAUAGCAAUAAAGAUUCCCCCCCCACCCGCUCCCAGGGAGUCCCACAGAAAGGGGGGAGGGUGUGUGGGGGGUGGGUUGGGGGCUCUCAGGGAUGGAGGCGGAUCUGAAUCGGCUGGGGGGGAAGGUCUGCAAACUUCCAACUCUGGUGCUAAUGGGGGGUGUCUCCCCCCCACCCCCAGGACAGGGGAAGGGGGGAGCCCUGCCCUCCUCCACGUCUCCCCCACUCCCCGCCCAGGGGUGCAUGACCCGCGAACCAGCAGAGCCGCCCGCCCGCUGCAGACGCCGCAUGUCACCCCCUUCCCCCUCCCCCAAACAAAUAAAAAAAUCCCUUUUCAUUUA